UUUCAUCAUAUGUGAGCAAAACUAAGUUCCAAACGUGUUUGCUGGGAUAUAUUAUACAACUGUUCAAGUUAGAGUUUAAUAUACCAAUUGAAGUGAUAUUAUGGCCGAGGGUGCUGAAGUGAUAUCGCCAACUUCCCAAAACUCGAAGAUCCCAAUAUUUGUUUUCUUCAGAGAUGCUAGCAAUGUAUUCAAACGAGACGAGUUAGGGAUCGAAAUACUGCGUAUUGCAGUCCCUGCGGCCCUGGCAUUGGCUGCCGACCCUAUUGCUUCUUUAAUCGACACUGCAUUUAUCGGCCACUUAGGUCCAGUAGAAAUUGCGGCUGUGGGAGUAUCGAUAGCUAUAUUCAAUCAAGCCUCAAAAGUCACAAUUUUCCCGCUCGUUAGCAUCACCACUUCAUUUGUGGCCGAGGAAGACACCAUCGAGAGAAUGAACAGUCAGAAUUUGAAAAAUGAUGACAUGGAAAAAGGGUCAAAUAAAAAUGAACAGUCCACGAACGAGGACUCGCGUGCAAAACAAGAAGCUCAAGAAAAUGAACAAAAGAAGUCUCUAGAUGCUUCUCGAUCGAAGAAGGAGCGUCGUCAUAUUCCUUCUGCAUCAACUGCACUUCUUCUUGGUUCUGUUCUUGGCCUCCUUCAGACAUUCUUCCUUAUACUUCUCGCCAAACCUUUGUUAGGUGUCAUGGGCGUGAAAUCCGGAUCUCCAAUGUUGGCCCCUGCACAAAAAUAUCUAACAAUAAGAUCAUUCGGGGCUCCAGCUGUUCUUCUUUCCUUGGCAAUGCAAGGAGUUUUUCGAGGCUUUAAGGAUACUAAAACUCCUCUCUAUGCCACUGUCACGGGAGAUUUGACAAAUAUAAUUCUGGACCCGAUUUUCAUAUUUGUUUGCAAAUGGGGUGUGAGCGGUGCAGCCAUUGCGCAUGUCCUUUCGCAGUAUGUUACGAAUUUAAUUUUCCCUCCAAAUCUUAGUCUAUGUUUUCAUCUAACAAUAUUGACUUGUUUCCUUUUGCUAGCAAGAGUUAUAGCGGUGACAAUUUGUGUGACUUUAGCAGCCUCAAUGGCGGCAAGGCUUGGAGCAACUCCAAUGGCCGCCUUUCAGAUAUGUCUACAGGUGUGGAUGACGUCAUCUCUACUUGCUGAUGGUUUGGCAGUUGCUGGACAGGCAAUUCUUGCUUGUGCUUUCGCUGAGAAAGACUAUCAGAAAGCUACAGCUGCUGCCGCUCGAGUGCUUCAGAUGGGAUUCGUGUUAGGACUCGGUCUUGCUGUAUUUGUGGGACUCGGACUUCAGUUUGGAUCAGGAAUAUUUACCAAGAAUCAAAAUGUUAUUCAAAUGAUCGCCAUUGGAAUACCGUUUGUUGCAGCUACACAACCUAUAAACUCCUUGGCAUUUGUGUUUGAUGGUGUUAAUUUUGGAGCAUCUGACUUUGCAUAUUCUGCAUAUUCCAUGGUUCUUGUGUCCAUUGUAAGCAUUGGAUCCUUGUUUGUGCUGUUUAAAAGUAAUGGUUUUGUUGGUAUAUGGCUUGCUUUGACCAUUUACAUGAGCUUAAGAACAUUUGCUGGUUUCUGGAGGAUGGGAACAGGAACAGGACCGUGGCACUUUCUUAAGGGUCGAACUCAAUCAUCAGUGCCAAACAACAUAUGAUCGUAGAAUUUUGAACAUUAUGAAUUAAAUCGAAUGAAACUUUGUUCAUUUACCAAUCUUGUUCGCUCAACGCCUACUCUAUUGCUUGUAGCAUAAAUAUUUGUUUUCUAUCUACAGGUUGUGCUCUUUUCUGUAUGUUCUUUCAUUAAAUACGCGCUAUCUUAUCUAUGUUCAAGGGUUAUUGUGUAAAUAAUAAUAAUAAUAAAAUAAAAA